GGAUAGAAAAUCCAUAUUCCUCCGUCCCUGUAAACUCCCUUACAUGCACCGCUUGGUGUAGCUCCUCUGGAGAUGCGCUUGAGUGGUCAUAAUGUCAUCUACAAACAUGCCGUAAGACGAGUGACAAGGCCUCGAACGGGGCAUGUCUCAUCACUGCGCUGCGUCCACUCAACCUCGAGCAUUAGCAGCAAAACACUCGCCGACUUCCGGACUAUUUAUGAUCGCAGCGAUGUCAAUCCCAAUGCCAAAGAGAUCGCCAUCCUCGGCGGCGGCAUUACUGGGCUUGCUACAGCGUGGAAUUUGAGCACGAGGACAGAUGCCAAAAUCACUAUAUAUGAGAAGAGUGAUCGAUUGGGAGGAUGGGUCGAUUCAGAAGUCCUUGAGGUCGACGGCGGAAAGAUAUUAUUCGAAUGGGGUCCCAGGACGUUACGUCCAGCACUGGGUUACGGCCCAGGCAUGGCCACCGUUGACUUGCUUGCGGAGCUCAAUAUAGCCGACGAGAUCCUCCCCAUAUCAAAAACAAGCCCAGCCGCACGCAAUCGAUAUAUCUACUAUCCCGAUCAUCUUGUGGUUAUGCCUGGCCCAGUUCGAAGUGUAUGGGAAAUAUUUCGCCGAAUUGGCGCAUUGUGGACAGAGCCUAUAUUUCAAGGAAUAUUGUCCCACGUUCGGAGCGAGCCCUUCGUUAAGAUACGCGACUCCCGAAUGCAAGAUGAGUCUGUUGGAGACUUCUUGACAAGACGAUUUGGAAAGAAUGUGACAGAUAACCUAGCUUCGGCUUUCUUCCAUGGAAUUUAUGCCGGAGAUAUAUACCAGCUCAGUGCUCGCACCUUACUGCCCCUUUUCUGGUAUCUCGAGACCAGACACACGGAUAAAGAGCUCGGUAUUCUUUGGCAACUUCUGAUCGAAACCUCAAGCUUCUUCAAAAAAGCAAGCUUCAUUCCGGGAAGGCCUGUUGGAGCCAAGGACCUCAGAUCCGACAUCAUGUCUUCUCCACUUAAAGAUGCAGUGUUGGACAUUUCUAUCCUGCUCCACCGUUCGAGUGUGUACACUUUCAAGCGAGGUUUGGGCGAGAUCACGUCUUCGAUAGAAAAGGCCCUUGUCGAAAAUCCCAAUGUCACAAUACAGAAAUCCUCGGCUGUCGAGGAAAUCACGUUCGACAAGAACACUAAGCAGAUAACCGUCAACAGCAAGAACACGACAUCGAAGUAUGAUUAUGUGGUGUCCUCGUUGGGACCUGGCACGAUGCUCAAGUUUCUGGAUGCCACUGAACAGCAUAAGUCAAGGAAAGGGUCCCCUCCAAGCGGAGUCCGACAAGCCUGUGAUCACAGCAAUACCUCCGCGAGCGUUAUGGUUGUCAACCUCUACUACAGCAAUCCAAACCUGAUCCCUGCUUCUGUUCGAGGGUUUGGCUAUCUCAUUCCGCGCUCCGUGCCUUAUGAGAGCAACCCCGAACGUGCAUUGGGUGUCAUUUUCAGCAGUGAAACUUCCACACCACAGGGACCAUCCAACGAGAGUGUAAAGGCCCGGCAGAUGCUAUCACAGCGUAUGGCGAGUUCGACUGGAAACGACAACCUUGCAGCGAAAAGGGCGAGAUGCGAAAACUUCAUUCAAGAGCGUGAGAUGGGCGAGGGCCAAGACACGGCACCAGGCACCAAACUCACAGUAAUGAUGGGCGGGCACUGGUGGAAGGAUUGGAAACCAGAAGAUCUCCCGAGCGAGGACGAAGCCAUCAAAAUGUCCAAAGCUUUAUUGAAACGACAGCUCGGCAUCGAGGAGGCGCCUGAGGUGGCGAAAGCCCGAUUGAACCGUGACUGCAUUCCUCAAUAUCCCGUUGGGUAUCGGGACGAUAUGGCCACGAUCCACAAGUCUCUCAUGUCCGAGUAUGAAGGACGGUUCAAAGUCGCUGGGCCAUGGUGGCAAGGUGCUGUGGGCUUCAACGAUUGCAUUCGCAAAGCACGCGAAGUUGCAUGGGCGAUCCAGCAUGGCAAAGAUGAGUUUACAGGUUUGGAGGAGUAUGACAGGGACGAAGUUUGGUACUUGCAGAGUAGAGACACAGGUAAAAUACGCCGAGAUCGGUGGUAUGAUGAGUAAAGGAGCAGUGAAACUUGCUGGGGAUUACCUGGAAAAACAUGUACAACAAAUCUCAUUGUGGAAAAGUUAUAUACUGUACCGAGUCCUCUCAGGUUCGAGGCCGCGGGUCUAACUCUAGCCAACUCAUCGCUGACGUACAAAAUAUGACGCUGCGUUGGUGCUCGCUCGCUCCAUCAAGACACCGCAUCAUUU